AAGAAACUCUCCCAAAUUUCGUCGUGUUUCCUGUAUAUAGUAGUUGACAGUACUGCCAUGUGCGCAAAUCUCUGCUUGAUAGUUAGAGAUUUGUUAACGCUGAGCUGCAAAACCGAGUGAUUUCCGCGAUGAAUCUUCCUCCGUUAAGACCCACAAACUCUCAGAAGAAGCCGGCGUCAGUGGAGCAUGGCGACUAUGGUGUCCACGAUGUUAUGCUUCAUGGGUUUCCCAGCGUGAGGAACAGCCUCGCAAGCUCCCACCCUUUAGAGGAAACGGAAAAAAGCUUCGAGGAAAAUGCUAGAAGGAUGCAAAUGGCGACGGCCCGAUCCAUUCAGGGACUUCAUGCCCCUCUGAAACUCAUGGUGGAAAGGAAAGCAGCUUUGCAGAUUGGCAGACUGCCAUUCUUGCCAAGUUCCAACACCAUGUUGGAGACGCUGGACGGCCGAGAUGAAACCAUCACAUUUGAAGACCUCUACAAUGAGUUCUCAGAGUCCGAGGUGUUGCGACCUCCUCAACUGGUAAUGGAAAAGCACUUGAACCUGCUCUGAACUGUGAAGAAAGUUCCCUGUCUAAGCUUUUGCAAAUAAAUCUACUUUUGAGUGCACACAAA